AUGUCUUAUCACAGUCAAUUUACGCUGCCAACAGCUGAUCAGCACGAUGUCGAUGCCACCUGGUUCGACAAACAGAGGCAACUUCCGGUAGAGAAGAAUGAUUCACGACUUCGCACAUGGCUUGUUGAGCAAGUAAACGCACUACAAGACUUUUACGACGGCGAUACAAAUCCAGAUGCGGUCGCUGCCAUCAUGACACACUCCAUCUCGACCUCGUCUAUACUGGACUUGGGUAGUUACUCCGACGAUAUCUUGGCUCUGAACAUUUUAUGGCGUCUACUCAUCAAAGCUUUGAUCGAGUGGCCGUCCCCGCGCACACACGACUUGUUUGCUCUCUUAGAUGCUAAAGCUCAGGUGCCCGACAAGAUCCACAAAGGCGAAGCUUCCGACGAAGACGGCACACCCUGGACCUGGUCCGAGUUCCCCUAUUUCUCCUUGAUCUGGCCCGAGCAUUUCCAGCCUGGUCAGAUCUGCCGUCGAUGCUCAGACGGACAAGAGAUCGUCUUGGCUCGACGCUUGUAUCUGAGAAUCAAAGAUCUUGAAGCGCAAUUGAUAGCAAAGCGUGUCAUGGGUAUGGGCAGAUGGAGGACCCAAUACAUCAUUCUCGCCCUGGAGAAAUCCAUCGACGAUAGCGACAGGCAAAUCGCUAUCAAUGAUGCUGUGGGUUAUGAACAAGUCAAACUUGAUUUCCAUAUUCCCACCAUCUCUUUCUUGUUCAGGUAUAAUGCGAGAGAAAUAUAUGGACGAGUUGUCCACGGUGAUGUCAAGGAUAUGACGCCGGCUCGACGGUGGCCGGGAGUCGCAAAGGAGUUUGAAACGGGGCAGAACGUUGGUCUUCCUGGAAACGAAGACUCGAGGAGUUGGCUGGAGGGAAAGUAG